UUCUAGCUCAAGUACUUGCAGAAACACUUCAUGGGAAUUUAAUAUUGGACUAACAAUGGCCAAAUCUCCCACUUCUUCAGUGCAGACCAUCUUUCGCAGGUUGUCUUUGUUUACAAAAAGUGGCAGUGAACGUAAAGAAUAUAAACAGUCCCGAAAGCAUUCUUUAUCAAUAAGUAAAGAGGAAGAAAUUACCGCAGAGAUUCCUCUGAGGCCAUGCUCAGUUUUGGAGAUCAGAGAUUAUAUACAAAAAGACAGGCUAAAGGAGGCCUAUGUGAACCUGCAAGCCAUGCGCCUGGAGCUCCAGCGUGAACGGAAACCCCAGGAAGAAGGAGCUUCUCCUGUGAAUCUAGUGAAUAAAGAAAAGGAUAUUAAUAUCCUAUUUGAGACUCUAAGAAACAAAAUAUCUGACAUUGUGCGUUCUAGUUUUCAGCCCUCUUUUAAUAAAGAGCUACUGGAGUAUGCAGCACACAUUAUCAAAGAAGAGAAAGAGAAACAGGUAGAGCCAGGAGCGAUGCCGGGAUGGAGGGAAUCAUGGAGGGACGCGGUGCAAGAUGGAGUUCGAGAUACACUGAAGAAUCUUACCCUGGACACCCACAAACAGAACGAUUGUUCUUUCGAAGUGCAUCUGGAGCUUCUGGGUAAAGCUGUGGUGGAUGAUCUGGAGAGAGUGGAGACUGAACUUCUGAGCUUGUAUCCAAAAAACUUUAAUGUGCUUGAGACAUAUGUUACAUGCUAUCAUGAGGCUGUAGAAGAGCAUUUAAAGAAACUUCUGGAAAACAUGACAGAGCUAAAGGAUUACAAAGUUCUUCUAGACUUCACCAUUCAGCGCUUCCCCAGCUUGUUUAGGGCACACAGUGACCAGGAAGACAAGGCAGCUCCUAUAAUACAGGAAGACUUGCUAAAUAAAAUAAAGAGCUCAUACUGUCAGUGUCAAAAGGAUGAUUUUAAAUCUGAACUGGAGAAUAUUAUCAGAUGUGAAAAAGACGUGUGGAAAUUGAAGAAAACUCCUGAUAAAACAGAAAAUGGAUUCCUCACUUCAAACAUCCACACAAAUAUCUGUCAGCUGAUAACGAGCUAUGUUGGAAAUCUUAAGGAGAUCGAUGAGGAUCUGGGAAAAUUAUUUAUACUUGUCUGUUUAGAGGAGCUAAAUCCAUUUCUGGCAAGGUUUGAAGAAGUCUUUUCACAGAGCACAUGCUUUCUGUUGACCUCUGACCUGCUGGAUAUCUGUCUGUGGAUACAGUAUCACAUUACCUACAUCAACAGUUUUAACUCACUCAAAGAGCAUGUGCAGUGCUAUAAAGAGAGCUGCUCUGCUCAGGUGGAGACUCUAAACAAACAAGUGGAUCAAUUGAAUCAAAGACUUAGCCAGACCCUCAUUAAACAUUUCCAAACAGACGUCAAGCCUUUAAUGGAUGAAAUGAUGACCAAGAAAUGGCUGAAAACAGAUGAAGAUUUUAAUGAAGUGGUUUCCAGGAUAUAUAAUAUUUCUGGGCUCUGCAAAACCAUGAGAGCUCCUGCAGCACAAGUUUUUGCGAAUGAUAUCCACUAUUAUGUAGCCAGAGAAUACAUCUCCAAGCUGAUGAAGAAAAAGUAUAAGUGCAAAAAAAGCAAAAACGAAGAGGCAGCCAUAAAAAUCAGAGAACAAUGGAAUGAACUCAAGAAACUCUUUCAGGAAAUGGGAUCAUCUUUAGAUUGGCUUUACCCACUGGGGGAGUACCUUAGCGACAUUAUUAAAAUGGAAAAUUACAAAAAUAUCAAAGAGCUGUUGACUCCGUUAGUUAAUGAUUAUCCAGACAUCAGCAAGAAGCACCUGUUGGCUGUCCUUUACUUCAGAGGCAGCGUCUUUGGUGGUUUGAACUUUAGGAAUGAAAGUGUUCUUAAUCCUUUUACCGUGCUUAAACGGGAUGUUGGGGAUCCACAUCUUGGACGCGUCUUCUUUUCUGACAUUGAGUGAGAUUUUGCUUCUUCAGGAGAGAUUAGAUUCAAAAUACUAAAGGUCAUAAAGAAGAAGGCAAGAGGCAAUAUUUGAAGUAGGGCUGCAUCAUUAUAUAUUGCAUUAGUAUCUGCAGCUGUUAUAAAAAGAACAUGAAUACUCACAUGACAUGUUUUGCUCAAAUGUCUCUCUAAUGCAACCAUUCUGCCAUUGAAUGUUUUUAAUUGAUAGUUGGAAUGUAAUUUUGCUUCUGAGGGUUUGACUUUUUGAUAGUGUGUCAUAUGUAUAUAUGGUUAAUGUGAAUUAUACUUUGUUUAGCUGUCCUUUAUACAGUGUAACUAUUAAUUUAGCUCAGGUAUACCUAAAUGUGAAUCAGGGAUCUACAUGAGAUAAACCAUCUCUAAGUUAACUUAAUUUGUUUUUGUGCAAUAAUUCUACAUUACGUAAUUACAUUACAUAGCAAAAUGAACUAAAAGUGAGCAGUUUAUAUGUAUAGCAUGUCUUAUUUAAUCAUUAGUAAAAUGUAGUUGUUCAUGUCAACUUACCAUGCAUUAAUAUAAAAACACAAUUCUAGAUUAUAAUAACAGUGUAGUAAAUGGUGAUUCUAACAUUCACAAAUUUUAUUGCCGUGGAUUUUUAAUACUAAUAUACACGCUAAGAAAUUAUAGGUUAUUUAAACCCAAAUUGGCUAAAACAUGGACAAACCCACACAGUGUGUUAAAUUUGGUCCUAUAAAUUAAAUUUAUUACACCCAGAAUUGGAUUGAAAUAAUGCAACAUUACAAUUGCAGUUAACUUGUGUUCAUGAAAUAUAAAAUCUAAUGUAAUGUUCUAAUGUGUAAUGAAUAUUAAUUAAUGUGAUUUCUGAGCAAAACCACAUAGUCAGUUUAAACAUGUGCAGCCAUAUUGUGUGUUUUGGGUGCUAGUACUUAUACUUGCCAAUAGAGGGAGACAUUAAGCUAUCGACAUUUGAUUUACAUUUUAGAGAGACUGACUCCUAAUGGACUCAUAUGGCAAGCCAUUUAGACAAUUAUUCAAUAACCUGUGCUAGUAUCUUGAUGUUACGAUUCUAGUGCUAAUUUUUUAGAUACUAGCUUAUUUCCCAUUAAGUACUAGCACUAUUCAUUAGAAACGAGUGCCUAUUCACUAGAUACUAGUGCAUAUUCAUUAGAUACAAGUGCGUAUUCGUUAGAUACCUAUUUUUUAAAUAUUAGUAUUAUACAUUAGAUACCAGAGCUUAUUCAUUAUAUACUAGUGCAUAUUCUUUAGAUACUAGUAUUAUUCAUUAGAUACUAGUGCUUAUUAGUGAUGGGAAGUUCGGAUCAUUUUACUGACUCAGAUCUUUGAGUCUCGUUCAUCAAGAUGAACGAAUCGUUUUUCGAGUCAUUUAGUUCUUUUGGUUCAAUUUGCCAAAAUGUUAUUACAAUGUUACGAAUUGCUUCCAAACACAUCUACAACUAGCUGAAAAG